UUCAAAAUCGGUUCAUACUGACGGAAAUUAUGAUCUUGCACCGUUUUUUUGUGCACAUCGACUGGACUAAAACUAGAAUUUAAAAUGAUUUAGUUUUAGCAAGAAUUUAUGAGAUACUUUUUUACACGACUGUAGACAGUGUUUAUAUACAAACUCUAGUUAAAAAAGACUUAAAUGUCAGCAUUUAUGCACCAGCGCAGUUACAGUUAACAUGAUUAUCCAGCGUACAAAGCAAUUAUUAUAAGCACGAGCGUGUCACCAAGGUUUUUGGAGCAAGUCAUUUUUAACCGUACUCUUAAUAAAGAAGGAUGCUCAAAAAACACUAAAAUUCUUUGUAAAAUGUUUCUAUUGAUAUUUAUAGUGAUUAUUGAUAGUUUGGUCGCAGAAGAGUGUUAUUACGACGGUGACGAUUUUUGUGUCAAUCAAGAAGAUAUACUUUCAGUAGAUCUGCUACCUGGAACUUUUCUACUAUCAAGUUUAUACAAAAAUGAAAGUGGUAAAAGCCAAAAAGAAAUAAAAAUCAACGGAACAUAUGAAGCAGCAUUAAAAGAGAUGAAUUAUCAUAGAAAAAGGAUGAAUGAGUAUUUAUGUCACGGAUUUAUGGCUGAAGGAAUAUUUCAAGACAUGAGAUCGAUACGGGUUAAACGACGUCAAGAUUCAGUAUCUUCAAACUCUAUGCCAGACUUUUUAGGAGAUGAUAACAUCACAGUGCAUGACAAGCUAUUAUCUGACGAGGGUAGUAGUAAAUAUAAAGAAUGGCUUCAGAGAACAACGACCCUGAAUGACGUUUAUCAACACUACGCUCCAAAACAGAAAAUUACUAAAAAAUUCGGGCAAAAUUAUAUCCAUGGGAUUGAAGAGUUUGAUGGUGAAGUAACAGGCUAUGCUAUGCCUGCGCCAAUAUUUCCAGAUAAGAUCAGUUCACAAUACGAUUCUUCUGAUUAUGAUGACAUAUCAUCUUCUCCAACUGGACAUACGUACAAUCAUCACGGUCCUCCUCAACACCAUGGUCCUCCACAGCAUCAUGGCCCCCCACAACAUCAUAGUCCUCCACAACAUUAUGGUCCCCCACAACAUUAUGGUCCCCCACAAAGUUAUGGUCCUCCACAACAUCAAUCCUCUCAUGAUGAUGUGGUUCCAGUAAUUCAUGAAGAGCAUCAUUAUCACUCACCCAGUCAUUACGAUGAAGAGGAAUAUUGGCACAAACCAUCUUACCAUAAAUCAAAAGGAGAAUUAUCAAUAAAAGACUUUUUUGAAAUAGCAUUGACUGCUUUAGCAUUUCUGGCCUUCGGAUUAUUCAUUAUUCAACUUCUCAUGGCAAUUGCGAAUUCCGGAACCACAACAGUUUCGACUGACGAUUCGCCGAGAUUUAAACGCAACGCGUCACCGUAUAGUAGCAAUGCAGAAUUAAACGAACUCUCUCAUCGAGUGCUUCAAUCUAUAGAAGCAAUUAUGGUAGCAAAUAAUGAUUCAGGUCGUUGCCUUCGAUGGACUUUAUGCAGAGACAAUAAACAUUCGAUACAAACUUCAAGUGCCCAACGAUUGUGGUUACCAAUCUGGAGUUUAGGAACGAGCUGGUUAUCAGGGCAAAUGUUGAAACAAAAAACAUGGCUGGCUAUGUUCGAUUCUAUUAAAGCAUCAGUUCUUGGAUUAGGCGGUGCUGAUUGUUCGAUGCUUUAUCCAGGAUGUGAUUUACUCAGUGAGAGAACUAAACGACGUCGUCGAAGAAGAAAAUAAACUUUUUUCAAUUUUCUUAUUAUUUUUUUUUUUACUAAUAAUGUACUAGGGAGAAUGAUAAAACUUGACUAGUAGGGGAGAAGGGGGCAAAGUGAGCCUCUUAAAAUUUUCAAAACUUCAAAAAAUAUGGGGGCAAAGUGGGCCCCUCAAAAUUUUCUAUCCGCCAAGAAAAUUCGAACGGAUAAUAAGCUUAUCGAAAUUUCUUAUAUAAUGAGGGCUAAAAUAGACCACCAAAAAUGUUCAUUAAAUAUAAUUUGUUAAGAAAGUUAAAGAUAAUAAAAUUACAUUUUAAAGUUAUAUCGCAGCAGACUAUUAAAAUGAUUUUUUUAAUUAUUAUAAUACAAUUGUUUUGCAGUUAUUUGCAAGUAUAACACGUGUAAAGAAUAAAAAAUAUCAAAUCCGAAAUUUUUUGGAGGGCCCACUUUGCCCCUAAUUUUAGGUUUUUCAAUUUUACUGGACGCAGCAUAAUGCAGUAAAAAUAAGUAUCAAGGGUCUAAAAAAGAAGUAAGCGCGUAAAAAAACUUAAUGAUAUCAUAAUUAUUUUCCUUAAGGAGCCCACUUUGCCCCCCUCUCCCCUAAAUGAUAUAUAUAACAUAUAUUAUGGCUGACACUUUCAGAAAUUUAAACAAUUUUGUGUACUUUAUAAGAUUUAUAAAUACGC